ACCGGGGCCAACUAGUUUUUAUAUUUAGCCAAAUUCAGUUCAGAUAUUUAGUCCAUCUCAAAUUCACUGUCAAGAAUUGGCUCUCUCCAUCUUCAACAAAAAAUGGGGGUUCUCCCUUGCCCUUUACCUGGCAAUUUGAAGAUUAACGAAGCAGAAUCUGAUCAAUCCCAUUCUAACCGUUCAGACCCAUCAUCCAACUCUUCCCUAUACUCACAACCAAGUUUACCAUCUGUUCCUUCUCUAACAUCCCCUCCGCAAAAUGUUGAACAGCCCUCAAACACCUACCACCACCUUUUAGCCACCCUCAAAGGCCACUCCUCUUAUGUUUUCGCACUAGCUCUCGCCGGAAAACACCUCUACAGCGGCUCUUCCAAUAGCGAAAUUCGCUCAUGGAGCCGUGACCCCUCCCCCGAUGACUACUCAAUCAAUGGUAGUACUAACUGUAACUUGGUAGCACAAGGCAACAGUGCUAUCAAAUCUAUAGUAAUCCUAGGUGACAAGCUCUUCACUGCCCAUAAUGAUCACAAAAUUCGUGCGUGGAAGAUCGAUAACGAUCAUCACACACCACAGAGAAAGUACAAAUGCAUUGCAACCUUGCCAACGUUGAACGAUCGUUGCAUGAGAGCUUUCUCGGCCAAGAAUUAUGUACAAGUGAGGAGACACAAGAAGUGCACAUGGGUUCAUCAUGUUGACACUGUAUCAGCCCUGGCCUUGUCGACAGACGGUUCUUUGCUGUACUCCGUUUCGUGGGAUCGGACGUUCAAGAUUUGGAGAACCUCGGACUUCAAAUGCUUGGAAUCAGUAUGGAAUGCACACGAUGAUGCCAUUAAUGCAGUUGCUUUGUCCAGUGAUGGAUUUGUUUACACGGGCUCAGCAGACAAGAAGAUUAAGGUUUGGAAAAAACAUGGAGACAAGAAACACAGUCUUGUUGCUACACUAGACAAACACAAGUCAGCUGUGAAUGCAUUGGCACUUAGCUCAGAUGGGGCUAUUUUGUACUCUGGUGCGUGUGAUAGGUCGAUAGUGGUGUGGGAAAAAGACGGCAGCAGUGGACAUAUGGUGGUUGCGGGUGCAUUGAGAGGGCAUACAAAGGCCAUCUUAUGUUUGACUGUUGUCUCGGAUUUGGUACUGUGUAGCGGCUCAGCGGAUAAAACGGUCAGAGUGUGGCGGCGAGGACUUGGAAAGAGCUACUCUUGUUUGGCUGUCUUUGAAGGACACAGGGGUCCAGUCAAAUGUUUGACGGCAAUUGCAGAGAAUAAUCAUGCUAGCAGCGAUAAUAAUUCUUCUUCUUCAGCUGUGGUUUCUUACUUGGUUUACAGCGGCAGUUUGGAUUGUGAUAUUAAAGUUUGGAAAAUUUCGGUUCCCUCUGUUUAGAUUUAGAUGCCAAAUUGGUCUGUGUAUUUUAUCUCAUUUAUUGGGCUUGUUUCUUUCUUAGUGUAUACUGUAUAGGAGAUGUGUACAUAUGAGAUAUGGUGUUACAAUCUUGUUAAUCCUCGAGUUCUAGUGCUGAUAGAUUAGAUUGAGAGUUGUAUUAAUGCAUUGUAAUGAAACAUCGGUUUUUCUGUGGUUCAAAACUAUCAAGUUUUUUUUUU